AUGACACAACGGGUGUCGGAGAUUGCAAACGAGUUCGGCAUCCCUGCCUCAACGAAGCUGCGCCUGUGUGUCAAUGGAUAUGCAGCUCCUCCCCAGGGGCCAGGCUCCUUGCUGCGGGACAAUGACACAGUCAACGUUGCCCCUGUUCCCACCCUUCUCACUGAGCUGGGGAGCGACCUGGAAGCAGCCGUGAGGAGUGCAGUGGCCAGUGGGCCGGUGAAAGAGGCGCUGUCCCAGUUGCUUGCCGCAGCGCAGACUUUGGGCGGGGACAGCCGCCAGCAUGCCAGUGCCGGAGCAAUGGUAGUGUCUGCAGGGAAGAAGGCUGCCAAAGCAGAGAAGGAGCCUCAAGCCGCAGAGCAGCCCUCCAAGCCCAAGAAGAAGCGUGAGAGAGCAGAGGCAGCAGAGGAUGCAGCUGCGCUGAACUCCCCGGCAGCCCCCGCAAAGAAGAAGAAGAAGCGGCCUGCAGGCACAAAGGGAGACACCCAGCCUGCUGCAGCUGACAAGGAGCCUCCUGCUAAGCCAAUCCUCCCAGCUGCAGGCAAGCUCAUGCGUUCCCGUCCUAAGAACACUUCUAGUGGAGAUGAUGACAGCGCUGAUGUCAGCGACAGCGAGGAGGAGGCAGGCACUGCUGGCAAGGGCCCCAGCCGCAGCGCUCGCCGCAAGAAGCUGAAGCGGCAGCUGCGCAGGCAGGGGGUCUUGGACGCCAGCCUCAAGCAGCCGGGUGCAGCAGCAGCAGCUGUGAGAGAAUGGAGGGAGGAGGAAGCUCCGCCAGCACCUCAGGCGCUGCCCAAGCGUGGUGACACCUGGGCUAAAAGCAGGACGGAUGUGCAGUUCAUGCAGGAAGGCCACGUGUAUUUCCCCGACUCGGAUGACGAAGAGGGGAUUGGCGGGGGGAAUCGCAGAAUGGACAGAGCGCAGAAUGGACAGCCAGAGAGGCCAAUUCCUAGGAAGCUUCCUGGACCGCCGCCGCGGCUGUAUCCGAGUGCCGCGCCGGAGGAACCCAAGCCUGUCCGGACCCAAAAGCAGGCGCCAUCAAAGCCAGUGGACGCAGGGCCCAAGACAGAUGCAGAGUUCGAGGCGCUGCAGAGGGUCGAGCUGUACCCCAUCGAGGGUGACAUCAUCGCUUACCGCCUGCUCCACAUCAGCGCUGACUGGACGCCCCAGGUGUCUGAGUGGCGCAAGGGGCGGGUGAUAGACCUGGAUGAGCAGAACAAGGUGCUCACAGUGGAGCCCUGGCCUGACAGCAGCGUGCACCCACUCACCGGUCCCAGGCAGCCUUCCCCCACUGGCCAUGAGACCUGGUCCGAGCUUGACGCGCUGCAGCCGCACGAGAGCGGAGGUGAGGCUGAGGAGGAAGAGGAGGAGGGAGAGCAGCCUCCGUCAGACUACAAUGAGGACGGAGUCCUCGUCACAGCCCUGACAUCCUUCUGUGACAUGCGUCUCAUACGUGGCUACUCCCCUGCCAAAGAACAAGGUGCCCAGCCAAAUGACCCGGAACAAGCACAGCCAGCUAACGGUGAGAAGUCAGGGGGCGCUGAUGGCAUGGUCAUCAGCAAAGGGCCUUCUGCAGAUGGCCCUUCCCAUCAGGGCACACAACAUCCGCACAGCACCCCACUCACAGCAAAUGAGCACCCAAGUGGGCUUGCCAAUGGCGGUCCCAACCUGGGACCACCCAAGCCAGGUGGCACUGUGGUGCAAUCCGUCGGCGACUGGGCGGCAAUCGCCGCGCAGUUGAAGCGGCGAAGGGAGGAGCUUGCUGCGCAGAAGAGCUCCUCUGCACAGGCUGCCUCACCAUCAGUGUCGAAGAUCCUCACUCCAGGGGUCAGCAGUGCCAGCAGAGACCCUGCUCCAGAAGCAACCCAGCAGCCGAGUGCUGAAGGCAAUGGUACCACAGCCCUGCAGUCUGCUAGCCAGGGGAGGGAACCAGGGUUUGCAGUGGCAUCAGAAGAGCAGACGGAGAGUGGCAGGGCAGUGGAUGCAGCAGCUCAGACUCCAAAAUCGCAGGUGAUAGGCAGUGGGAUCGGCACUCCGGGAGCGGCCAAGCCGCGGCCAGGGGUGCGGUCAUCCGCCAUUGGGCCGCUGCUUGCGCGGCUGAGAAGGGAGGCCACGAGUGGCAAGGGCUGA